CCGCCGCCGCCAUUUUUCUUUGCAGAGCGCUCCCCGGGCCGCUUCGCCGCAGCAGGAGGCGGGUGGGGGCGAGAAGCGGCUGCCCGUCCUUCUCCCAGCGCCUCUCUCGGUAGCGUCGCCGCCGCCCUUUCCUCCCCUCCCUUUCCUUCUCCCUCGCCCGGCUCAGCCAUGUCCUCUUCUCCGGACUACGCCUCCUUCUUCGCCGUCAUGGGCGCCUCGGCUGCCAUGGUCUUCAGCGCCUUGGGAGCUGCAUAUGGCACAGCAAAGAGUGGGACGGGUAUUGCAGCCAUGUCCGUCAUGAGGCCAGAGCUGAUCAUGAAGUCCAUCAUCCCCGUGGUAAUGGCGGGCAUCAUAGCAAUCUAUGGCCUGGUAGUGGCAGUUCUCAUUGCCAACUCCCUCACAGUAGAGAUCACACUAUACAAGAGCUUCCUUCAGCUGGGUGCUGGUCUAAGCGUGGGCCUCAGUGGUCUGGCUGCUGGUUUUGCCAUCGGCAUCGUGGGCGAUGCGGGCGUACGGGGGACAGCGCAGCAGCCCAGGCUAUUCGUGGGCAUGAUCCUGAUCUUGAUCUUCGCUGAAGUCUUGGGUCUCUAUGGCCUCAUCGUUGCCCUUAUUCUUUCCACAAAGUAAAAUUAAUUUAAAAAACGCCACAGAGUAUGAUGUGUGUAAAAAAGAAAAAUAUUGGAAAAGAAAAACCGAGCUCCAGAAUGAAAAUGGUCUUUCUCUCUCUCUCUCUUCCUCUCUCCACACCAUGUACAGUCGUCAUCAGUUUGGUAGUUGACCUCUUGUAAAUGCGCAAUGUAUGUUAGUGAGUCGUCCGUCCUGUGUGUACUUCGAUAUUAAAACCAAACCAAUCCGGAUGUGCUCCCUUCAAGCCUUCCCUAAGAGGCUCGAGGGAAGCUCGUGUGAAUUUUCCAUCCAUUUUGCCAUUAGUGUACUUUAUGUAUAAAUAUGAACUAGAAUUGUAACUUUUUCUCUCUCUCUCUCUCUCUUCACUGGAUGUUUUAUUUAUAAGACUUGACAUGUUCAUACGUAACGGAGCAACAGUUUCCAACUUCCCAUGCUCUCUAUAUAUUAAUCUCAUAUAUAGGUAGAUUAAUACACUGUGGGGUUAAUUGUUAAGUGCAGAGAAAAAAAAUUCCUUGGAUGUAACUUGAUGCUUGAGAUUGCUGUCGUGUCCUGGUAUUGGAGUGUGAGACUUUGUGUUUAUACAAAUAACAGCAAAAAUGUCUGAGACACUCCUGUGUUCCCAGUAGUAAAAAAAAAAAAAUAUGUAUGCUCCGGCAUCCAAGUUGUGCACCCAGUGUUGGGUUUCGCAGUUAUACAUUUCCAGGUAAUAAAAUUUCCUCCACUACAUCA